AUGACCAACAUUAAGGAAGCUGUCAAGGAGCAAUUGGUCGGCAGCACAGAGGUGCCCCAAUUGUCGCACCAAGCCCGAUCCAAUUUCCUCCGCUAUUCAAAGAAGGACGAAAAUGGUGAACUGUUCAUGACCGAAGAUGACUUUAUCAACGCCGUUGCUCCUAAACACGAGGACUACCACAAGAUCAAGCGCGACCAAUAUGGCAUCUUGUUCAGCGUGGCAGACCGCCGACGAACCGGAAAGCUCAACUUGUCCGACUGGGCGACCUUCGAGAACCUCCUCGCGAAGCCCGAUGCCGAGUACGAGAUUGCCUUUCGCCUGUUUGACCUUGAUGGAACCGGUACCGUCAAGUUUGAUACCGUUCAGGGUCUGUACAACAUGAACAAAACCGCCGAAAGCAUUCCCUUCGAUUGGAAUUCCGAAUGGGCCUCCUUGUACACAGGUCGCACCAAGACGCGCCACGAUAUGACCUACCCCCAGUUUUCCCAGAUGCUGCGUGGCCUGCAGGGCGAGCGCAUUCGCCAAGCUUUCCACGUUUUCGACAAGGAUGGUGAUGGAUACAUCGAGCCCGAGGACUUCCAGCGCAUUAUUCUCGAGACCUCCAAGCACAAGCUGUCCGAUCAUGUCCUCGAAAACCUGCCCUCCUUGUGCAACAUCUCCGCCGGCAACAAGAUCUCCUACGCUACCGUUCGUGCUUUCCAGAACAUCAUGCGCGAGAUGGACAUCAUUGAUGUGGUUGUCCGUGGAGCUACUAAGAAGAGCAGCGAUGGCAAGAUCACUCGUUCCGAUUUCCUGAACGAGGCUGCUCGCGUGACCCGUUUCUCUCUUUUCACCCCCAUGGAGGCUGAUAUCCUGUUCCACUUUGCCGGUCUGGAUGCGCCAUCCGGCCGUCUUGCACAGAAGGAUUUCGCCAAGGUCAUUGAUGCCUCAUGGCGUAUCCCCGUUGCCAUGGCUGGCCAGGCUGCUGCGGAGGCCGCUGACAAGACCAAGUCCUUCCUUCACGGCGUGCUGGAAUCGGCGCACCACUUUGCUCUGGGUAGUAUCGCGGGUGCCUUCGGUGCCUUCAUGGUGUACCCCAUUGAUCUAGUCAAGACCCGUAUGCAGAACCAGCGUUCCAACCGACCUGGUGAGCGUCUGUACAACAACUCGAUCGAUUGCGCGAGAAAGGUUAUCCGUAACGAGGGUUUUACUGGUCUUUACUCUGGUGUCAUCCCACAGCUGAUCGGUGUGGCCCCAGAGAAGGCCAUUAAGCUCACUGUUAACGAUCUGGUCCGUGGGACUUUCACUGAUAAGGACACCCAGCGCAUCAAGUUGCCCCAUGAGAUUUUGGCCGGUGGUACUGCUGGUGCUUGUCAAGUGGUCUUCACAAACCCUCUUGAAAUCGUCAAGAUUCGUCUGCAAGUGCAGGGUGAGAUUGCAAAGAACGUCGAGGGUGCUCCUCGCCGUUCCGCUCUCUGGAUCGUGAAGAACCUGGGUCUCGUUGGUUUGUACAAGGGAGCCAGCGCUUGUCUUCUCCGUGAUGUUCCAUUCUCUGCCAUUUACUUCCCCACAUACGCUCAUUUGAAGUCUGACUUCUUCGGUGAAACCGCCACUAACAAGCUCGGUGUUGUACAACUUCUGACUGCCGGUGCUAUCGCCGGUAUGCCCGCGGCUUACUUGACCACACCUUGUGAUGUGAUCAAGACUCGUCUGCAAGUAGAGGCUCGCAAGGGUGAUACCAAGUACACUGGUCUGCGCCACUGUGCUAGCACCAUCUGGAAGGAGGAGGGUCUGAAGGCCUUCUUCAAGGGUGGCCCAGCUCGUAUCCUGCGUUCUUCACCACAAUUCGGUUUCACCCUUGCCGCUUACGAAGUCCUGCAGAAGGCGCUUCCUCUGCCUGGCUCUCAUGAGGAUGAGACCCCUACCGGACACGUGGAACCAGGUGUUGGCCUGGCAAGUGCCACUGCUCCUCUUCCUUACCUCCGAUCAAGGAACGCAUUGAAGCUGAUCCUGGAUCUGGAGCCAAACAUCGGCCGGGUGCAGGUCCCUCGGCCUGAGAACUGGCCCAAGAUCAUGCAGGGGUCCAAGCAGUGA